CAGUGCGGGGGCCGAGUGAGGCGGCUCUGUGCGUCCGUGGCUAGCGGGUCCGCUGCAAGUCCUUGCUCUCGUCUCGGUUUUCAGGAAGAGCUAAAGAUGGCUGAAUUUCUAGAUGACCAGGACACUCAACUGUGUGACAACUGCAAGAAAGAAAUUCCUGUGUUUAAUUUUACCAUCCAUGAGAUCCACUGUCAAAGGAACAUUGGUAUGUGUCCUAUCUGCAAGGAACCGUUUCCCAAAUCUGACAUGGAGAGUCACAUGGAUACAGAACAUUGUCAGGUGACCUGCAAAUGUAAUAAGAAGUUGGAGAAGAGGCAAUUAAAGAAGCAUGAGUACUGUUUUAUUUUUUUCUCCCAUCCAGUGGAAGAACAAGAAAGGCAGGAAAGGAAUAGAACCCGGCAGCCCCCAAAAGAGGGUGGUGAAGAUAGUGCAAACCUGGACUUCAUGUUGGCCCUAAGUCUGCAAAAUGAAGGGCAGGCCCACAGCAUGGCUGAGCAGGACUUCUGGAGGGCUGUAUGUGGUGCAGACCAGUCCCUUGAAGGUCCCAAUGCUCUGAAUGACAUAAAGGGUACGGCUGACCGGACCAUGUUGCCUUGUGAAUUCUGUGAGGAGCUCUACCCAGAGGAACUGCUGAUUGACCAUCAGACAAGCUGUAACCCUUCCUGUGCCUUACCUUCACUCAGUAUGGGCAGCACUCCCCCCAAAGAGGUGGAGGACCCUGAUGUCAUCUUCCAAAAGUUUUUGCAGCAGGCUGCAAGUAACCAGUUAGACUCUUUGAUGGGCCUGAGCAAUUCACCCCCUGUAGAGGAUAGCAUCAUCAUCCCGUGUGAAUUCUGUGGGGUACAGCUGGAGGAGGAGGUGCUGUUCCAUCACCAGGACCAGUGUGACCAACGUCCAACCACAGCAAACAACCAUGUGACGGAGGGGAUUCCUAGACAGGAUUUCCAGCAUCCAGAGACUUCACCAGAGCUGCCCAAGCGGCGUGUCAGACACCAGGGAGAUCUGUCUUCUGGUUACAUGGAUGAUAUCAAGCAGGAAAUGGCUAAAGGGCCCACCUACCCUCUUCCCCCCAGCAGACCCAUUAACAAUAUGACAGCUACCUGUAACCGACUGUCAGCAUCCACAUCAAGCCCCAGACCUGGGUGCCAGCCCAGUCCUCCUCGCAUACUGAAGCUCAACAACUUAGACAGCCAAGACAGCCGGGGGCGGAAUCGAAACAGCCAUAACUCGGCCAUGGCCACUGGACAUGCUCCAGUGAUUCACCCGGUGCGAAAUCUCUACCCAGAAAACCUCGUACCCUCCUUCCCCCGUGGGCCUUCCGGGAGAUAUGGAGCAAGUGGUAGGAGUGAGGGUGGCAGGAACUCGCGGGUCACCUCCACAGCCACCAACUACCGCAACAGAACUGCAAAGGCAAAAACCCCCAAGCAGCAGGGAGCUGGGGAUGCAGAGGAGGAAGAAGAGGAGGAGUAAUGGCGUCGGCAAAGAACCUGCACGUUGGUUCCAUCUUCUCUGCACAGCAGCACUUGCCGCAGUUCAGGCCCCACCUCUUGGGCUCUAUGGGCAGGGGAGAUUUUACAGAUUUUAACUUUUUCUAGGUUAUGGCCAUUUUGUGUCUUUUGAGAUUGUGCUGUGGGAGUUUGAAGGUUUGGGGGAGGGUUAGCAGGGAGGCUGUUGAGAAAUGUUUCAGCUUUAGCUGCUGCCUGCCUUUUGGCCUCACAGAAAUACAGUGUAUGGCCUCUCAGCCCACCAGGGCUCCAUCUUUUGACAUACUAUUACCACUGCUUCUUGGUGCUGUAUGGUCCUGGUGGAAAGAGGAGAGAAAAGGUUCUGGAAACCUGGUACUCACCAGUGGAGUGAUUCUCUUCCCUGCUGGGGCCUCGAUCUGGGAACUUUUAGGUAACCUCUCCUGUGUACUGGCCCUCCACACUCUAGAAUUUGGGCCUCUGGUAUGUAUGGAGGCACCUGGUAGAGUGUUCAGGCCAGUUGCAAUAUAUGUUAGGAACAAGGCUUUUGGAGAUGAGUUGAGCUAGAGGUGAGCGCACUAGAGGCUUUGUUUUAAUCUGCUUCUUCGGCAUUUGGCAUAACUGCCUUCUGUUUCUGGUGGGGAGCACGGCUCCUUUUUCUUUACUGCCUUCGGCUGGAGAAGGCUGGGGGCUCCCUGUUGCCACCAGGGCCAUGCUGGGCUCUGCUGGGAUCAGGCCUGAGGCCUAAGCUCCGUGGCUUGCUCUGAAAACCAAGUAUCAGAGCCCCCUUCCCCUCUUUUUAUUUUACUACUACCACUACUACUACUAUUAUUAACAUCCUUGUAAUAGAAAUAAAGUUUAUACUUGGAGUUCAGUGGAGUCUUGUGGUUCCUUCUCCUUUGCCCUCUGUAGAGACCUGAGGGAAGACAGAGUAGGCGAGAGUCGGCCCUGAGUAUGGGGAAAGGUGAGCAGGACUAGGCUUUCUCUGUGCUUCCUGGAGCCCUAGCAGUUCUAGCAUAAGCUGCUUCUCAGAGCCAGACAUUCAUUAUAUAGUUUUCUAUUGGAUUUCAAAGAAACUGGCAGUUUCUGCAGCUCUGGUUGUGAUUUGGCAUGGGGGCGGAGUUGCCUCCAACUGAAUCGAGAA